CUAUGAUAUUAUCCAUAGAUAAUAUAUUAUCUAUGCUUAUGAUAAUGACAUAACCUUAGAAAUACGAAUAAUUUGGAAAUAAAAGGAAAAUGGUCCUCAACAGCAAUAGUGAUAAUUCACAAAUUAUUCUUGCAACGGGAGGUUACGAUCAUACAAUAAAAAUAUGGCAAACACAUACAGGUAUUUGCCAGAGAACGAUGCAACAUGCAGAGUCCCAAGUGAAUGCUUUAGAAAUCACCCCCAAUAAGCAGUUACUCGCAGCCACAGGAUAUCAGCGGAUUCGUAUGUACGACUUAACUUCAAAUAACCCCAAUCCUGUUAUUAAUUACGAGGGUUUGUCAAAGAAUGUUACUAGUGUUGGCUUCCAAGAGGAUUGUAAAUGGAUGUUUACUGGCGGAGAAGACUGCAGUGCUCGUAUAUGGGACUAUAGGGCGAAAACACACAGAAACGCAGCAAAAAUAUUUCAAACAUCAGCUCCUGUAACAUCAGUUUGUCUUCAUCCUAACCAAGUGGAACUGUUGGUGGCAGACCAAAGUGGUGUUUUACAUUUGUGGGACUUAAGAACUGACCAUAAUGAACAAUUUAUACCAGACGGUGAAACGAUGANUAUUAUACAAUAUCAAUAA